AUGACUGCAACGAUCAAGAGUAGCUUUUUGAUUGACGAUUUGCUCUCCGCUUUCAAGCGACCCACACCAAUCGUACCGACUUCAACACCCUCGAAUCCUCCGAUUCCACCGAAAGACUCUGCUCCAACCUUAUCAAAUGAUAUUUCGCCAAUAUCACUGAACUUUUUCCAACCGCCUAAUCAAUUCAAUCAAUAUGCAGCUAUCAAACCUGAACUGCAUCCAUUCUUUUUCCAUGGUUUGAGUUUUCACGCCUAUCUCAACAGUGAACAUUCACUUAAGCAUUGCCGACGACGUAAAGCUCGUACCGUAUUCAGUGAUCAUCAAUUGAACGGAUUGGAAAAACGAUUUGAUGGACAAAAGUAUUUAAGUACACCUGAACGUGUAGAAUUAGCUAAUGCACUUAAUUUAUCCGAAGCACAGGUCAAAACAUGGUUUCAAAAUCGUCGCAUGAAACACAAGAAACAAGUUCGUCGACAAUUACAAAAUACAUCGGGUAGUCCAUUAUCCGAAGGUGUCGACGAAGAUGAGUGUUGUGAGGAGAAUGAUAUUGAUGUUGUCAGUGAUGAUGAAUGUUACAGCAAUAAUUCUUCUUCGAAAUAA